CGCACGCAUAGAGCUCACUACUCGUUCAGGCACCUGCCUGAGGCCUGCCCACAGCCGGCGCCCUACCGCGCCACCGGCAAUAUUAGCAUGCGUGUGCUUGUGCGUGUGCGUGUGCGUCUGCAGACACCGAGCAGCACCAGGAGCCAUGACAGGCCGACUGACGGCGGACAACCGCGAGACGCAAAAAGACUGACCGAGAUGGACAAGGACAGGACAGGACAUGUUCCGGUCAUGGAUUGCUCAAUGAAGCUUCACUUGCACGCACGGCGCUCUCUCUCGUGCGCACCAGUGGCUGGAACCUCUUGUGCUUGCAGCAAGUUCGAGCAUCGAGCACCAUGCCCACGCACACGCAGCUUGGAUGCUCAUGCCAAGCUGGCCAGCCGCUGUCAGCACCAGGCAAGCACCUCCAAUAGCGACGGCGUUGACUGCGUUGCAUUGCAUCCCUCGUGGUGCCUUGAACAGAUUCUUGCUGCCUUCCCUGCCUCGACGCUCGACGCUCGACACUCGACGCUUUCGACGCCGCAACGGCUCAUCCCACUCACUCACUCUCACUCUCGCAUCCGCGUCUAGCUCAAGGCCUCGCCUGGAGCAAGUGGCUGAACGGACGGACAGACAGCCUCAACAUCAUUCAAGUCGUUCAUCCAAGCGAGGCCUCGUCCCACAUCGAUCCAUCGUCAUUUGGGCUCCAGCCCUAUGAGGACGGCAAUCUGACAGGCCGGUCGGGUGGUGCGACUUCCAAGAAAAGAAAAAGGUCACAGCACUCUAUCAGGACCACCCGGCUUGACGUCAAGACAAGCUUGUCGUGUCGCCAAUCGCGACCGGUUCGUACGCAUCGCGAGGUCAAUUCAUGGAGACUUAAGCUCCAUUGCUCUCGCUAGGCUAAUGUGCCUUUGGUGU